AUGUCUCCCACACAAUACAAGCUCAUGUUCCGGGUACCCCCCUCUCACCUGGAAGUCUGCAAGCAAGCAGUCUUCAACGCCGGAGCAGGCACAUAUCCCGGAGGAAUGUACGCCGAGUGUUGUUUCGAAGUUCUGGGGAUGGACCAAUUCCGACCAACUGACAAAUCGACACCAUUUAUUGGCAAGCCCGGACAGCUGGAACGAGUCGCGGAAUAUCGAGUUGAGACCCUUUGUGUCGGCGAGGAUGUGAUGCGCAACUCGGUCAAGGCGCUGCGAAAAGCCCACCCUUAUGAGCAGAUUGUGAUUGAGGUCGUGCAGCUUGUCGAUGUUGAUUGA